AUGCCCUCGCUACCGCCGGACCCCGGUAAGCUGCAGGCAAACAACCUGACACUGUCAGUCCCCGCGACCAUGCCAACCCACAUGGCCACCGUUUACGUGCAGCGCAACGGCGUCCCCACAGCCAUCCUUGUGCCGGCUACGGGCAUCAUCCGCCAACCUCAUCCGAAAACGACUCUGCCUCCGAUACCACAGAAUGCCCGGCCGACACACCGCUCACCGCCCCCAACUACGGUCAAAACGUGCAGCGGACAAGUUCCUGGCUCGCCACGACCGCCGCAGCACCAAACGGGCUGCUCCUCGAAAGUUGCAUGCACAUCCACGAUCCACCCGGCCAGGCACAACUAG